UUGUUGAUUUUGAUAUUUAUUUUGACAGUUUUGCUAAACUCACGUUGUUGAUAUUGAAAGUCGGUCUCCUUUAUUUAACAAACAAUAUCGGUGUUGACAUUUAAAUUAUCAAUCUAAUACGUAAAGUUCGUACGUCGAGUGUCUGACAUAAUCAGCAUCAAAUUUUAUACUUCGCAGAUCGUCUCCUCACAUGAUGGAUUACAUUCCUGUUGAAAAUUCAGAUUAUCAUUCCGUUAACUAUUGGAACCAGCGUUUCGCUCAAGAAGAAAAUUAUGAAUGGUGUGGCGGUUAUAGCACUUUCCAAACGUUAUUCAAUCAAUAUGUGCCGAAAACCGACAGUAUACUUAUUGUGGGUAAUGGCAACAGUAAUCUUCCGAUUGAAUUACAUACCGACUCCUAUCAAAACAUUACGUCCAUGGACUACGCUGAAACUUCCAUAGAGAAAUUGAGUUUAAAAUCUCCGCCGGAAAUAAGAUACGAGUGUGCUGAUAUGCGAUUUAUGAAGUUCGAUAGAACAUUCGACACAAUCAUCGAAAAGAGUACGCUGGACGUGCUGUUUACAAAGGAAUCUAGUCCUUGGACAGUUUCUAAAGAAACGGAAAGCGAUGUUAACAAUACAUUGAGUGCGGUUAAAAUGUGUCUAAAUAAGGAUGGACAAUUCAUCAGCAUAACGUUUGCGGAACCAUUUUUUCGGAAAAAAUAUUUAGUGAAUUUUUGGAAUAGUUUGACCGUUGAAAAAUUCGGUAACAUGUUUCAUUAUUACUUCAUAGUUUGUAAAUCGUGAAAAUUAUAAAUUUUGAAUUUACUAAGUUAAAUUGAAUAAAAUAAAAUCGGCUGCGAUAACCCGAAAUUUGU